AUGAGCAACAACGACAAAGAGAAAGAAGUCGGAACAUCCGAAGGAUCAACUUCGACCACAACUAGAGACUCAGAUCGACCUUAUCGAAGUAAAUACCUAGAUCCGGAAUCACCUUCAGUAUCAGUAUCGGAUUCAGAGAAACACGAUACCUUCGAUUCUUCUUUUCCCACCACUGCCACCCGCCCCAGGGCAGCAUCGCGCCCAAAGAUCCCACAUCUGGGUACAGGGUCUACAACGCAGAAUUAUAAUCAUGGAGACAAGCUAUCGAGGAUGGCCAGUGGGCUGUCCAGAAUGUCGUCCCAUCAGGCGAAUGAAUUGGAGGAAGACCUCAGGAGACAUAUCUCGAUACAUGGGAAGAGGAGACAUUCAGAAGGUAUCCUAGAGGAUAGAGCUGUGGUGGAUUUAGGGAAUGGAGAGGAAGAAGUUAUUAUAGUGGAUUGGAUACCGGAUGAUCCUGAUAACCCCUUCAACUGGUCGCCCGCCCGGAAAUAUGCCAUCCUCCUCACCUGCGUUUUCAUCACUUUUACAGGUGCCGCUUCUCUAGUGAGCGUCGGAAUCUUAGCGACAUGGGGAACAGAUUAUUUCCACGUGUCGAGAGAAGUAUUCUUACUUCAACUUACUUUGCCUAUGAUGGCUAUCGCUUUUACACCUAUGGUGUUAGCGCCGCUGAGCGAGGUGAUCGGACGUAAUAUGAUUUAUCAAAUCACUUCGAUCCUUAACUUAUUACUGUUCAUACCUCAAUGUCUUUCCAAGAAUCAUAAUGGUGUCCUGGCUGCUCGAUUCUUGCAAGGUAUGACCCAGAGUGUGGGCAAUUCCAUGGUGGGCGGUACAGUAGCGGAUAUGUUUUACCCUAAACAACGAGGAAUCGCCAUGGGAGUAUUUAGCGUGAUGAUCUUUUGUGCUCAAGGGAGUGGUAUACCUGCCAUAGGCUGGAUAGGCCAGAAUCUAGGUAUGAGGUGGUCAUAUAUUAUACAAACAAUCGCUGCUGCUUUGAAUGUCAUUCUCAACGCUAUCGUCUUACGUGAAACUCGUGCGGAUGUCCUGCUCUCACGAAGAGCUAAGAAGCUCACAAAGAAAACGGGGAAGAAACACAUUUGUGCGGCGGAUCUGCAAAAGAGCAGUUUCCUAAGUGUGAUGAGGAUAUCAUUGAUUAGGCCAUUCCAAUACCUGCUCACCGAACCUAUCGUCAGCGCUUUAUCCGCUUGGAUAGGGUUCGCCUGGUCGUGUGUCUUCAUGUUUGGUUCGUCGGUGAUCUUGGUCUUUGAGGCAUAUGGGUUCAAUCCAGCACAAGCGGCGAGUUUCGAAGUCACCCUCGCCAUCGCAGCUUUCUUUGGAUUCGCAUGUCAAUUCCACCAAGAUUACCUAUACCGCCGAGCGGCAACAAAGAACGGCGGCAAGGCGCCUCCCGAAGCAAGAUUAUACUGGGCUGCAUGGGGUGGGUUGAUGUUCCCCAUAUUCUGUUUUAUCUACGCUUGGACAGGUAGAGCAGGAGUCGUCCAUUGGGCUGUACCUGCUGUAUGCCUCGUAGGGUGUUAUACAGGUAUUUUCAUGAUGUAUACUGGGGUUUUCACGUAUCUCGCCGACGCAUAUGAAGUAUAUUCAUCGUCCGCUCAAGCGUCUCAAAGCUUCGUUAGAAACCUGUUUUCUGGACUGUUCCCUCUAUUCAGUCGACAAAUGUACAUAGGUAUGGGCUAUCAAUAUGCCAGUACGCUGGUAGCUGCCGUUGCUCUUAUCUUAGCAGCAGCACCAUUCUUACUGAUCUUGUACGGGAAGAAAUUACGGAAAAGGAGUAAAGUCUGUAGUACCCUAUAUAAGGACGAUUGA